ACUCAGCUGGGCUCGGGAGCGCGCGGCGCGGCCCCGCCAGGCUGUGGAGGCGAGAUAGCGGCUCGACUGGAGCGCCGCAGGUGACCCGGGCUGGGAGUCCGGUGCGCGGGGCCGGCUGAGAAGGAGCGGGCUGGAGGCGCUCCCCGGUCCCCCUUCCUUGUCUUGGUUGUCUCCCAGCCUCGGCGCUGGGCUGAGGGGACACGGCGAGCUCCCAGACGCGCGAGGCUCCCGGACGGCCGGCGGCGCUCGCGGCCCUCAGCAUGUUCGGUGAGGCGAGGCUUUUCCUCCCGCCCGUGGGCUGAGGCGGCGGCGGCGGCCACGCAAGCGAGAUGCACCUGCCGGGCUCGGCUUAGAGGAGCGUCCCGGCCGCCAGCGGGAGAGCUUUCGUCACCCAGCCCCGGCGGCGACCGCGGGCCCGAGCCGCAGCGACGGGUGGGCGCACCGACAUGGCGGCUCGGAGCGCCCCGAGCUGCCACCUGCGGCUCGAGUGGGUGUACGGCUACCGGGGCCACCAGUGCCGCAACAACCUCUACUACACGGCGUCCAAGGAGAUCGUGUACUUCGUGGCGGGGAUCGGCGUGGUGUACAGCCCGCGGGAGCAUCGGCAGAAGUUCUACCGCGGCCACAGCGACGACAUCAUCAGUCUUGCACUGCAUCCUGAGCGAGUGUUGGUAGCAACAGGACAAGUUGGGAAAGAGCCUUACAUCUGUGUUUGGGACUCUUACACUGUCCAGACCGUGUCUGUUCUGAAGGAUGUUCACACACAUGGUAUAGCUUGUUUAGCAUUUGACUUGGAUGGACAGCGCUUGGUUUCAGUUGGGCUCGAUUCAAAGAAUGCAGUUUGUGUUUGGGACUGGAAAAAAGGGAGAAUGCUGUCUAUGGCUCCUGGUCACACAGACAGAAUAUUUGAUAUUUCUUGGGAUUUGUACCAGCCAAAUAAGCUCGUCAGCUGUGGUGUAAAACACAUCAAGUUCUGGAGUUUGUGUGGAAAUGCUCUGACCCCAAAACGAGGAGUUUUUGGUAAAACAGGUGAUCUUCAGACAAUAUUGUGCCUAGCCUGUGCUCGGGAUGAAUUAACAUAUUCUGGUGCACUCAAUGGGGAUAUAUAUGUUUGGAAAGGAAUCAAUCUUAUACGAACAAUACAAGGAGCCCAUACUGCAGGGAUUUUUAGUAUGAAUGCUUGUGAAGAAGGCUUUGCUACUGGUGGCAGAGAUGGCUGUAUUCGUCUUUGGGAUUUAACUUUUAAACCAAUUACUGUGAUUGAUCUCAGGGAAACAGAACAGGGAUACAAAGGUUUAUCUGUGAGGAGUGUUUGUUGGCGAGGUGACCACAUUUUAGUGGGGACACAGGACAGUGAAAUUUUCGAAAUUGUCGUGCAUGAAAGAAAUAAACCUUUCCUAAUUAUGCAAGGGCAUUGCGAAGGUGAACUUUGGGCGCUUGCUGUUCACCCUACUAAGCCUUUGGCUGUGACUGGAAGUGAUGAUCGUUCCGUCAGGAUUUGGAGCCUUGUAGACCAUGCUUUAAUAGCAAGAUGUAAUAUGGAAGAGCCGAUUCGAUGUGCUGCUGUAAAUGUAGAUGGAAUCCAUCUUGCCCUUGGAAUGAAGGAUGGGUCAUUCACUGUCCUUAGAGUGAGAGAUAUGACUGAAGUUGUACAUAUUAAAGACAGGAAAGAAGCAAUCCAUGAGCUAAAAUAUUCACCAGAUGGCACUUACCUUGCUGUUGGCUGCAAUGACAGCUCAGUUGACAUCUAUGGAGUUGCUCAGCGUUACAAAAAGGUCGGUGAAUGUGUCGGUUCCCUUAGCUUCAUCACUCAUUUGGACUGGUCUUCAGACAGUAGAUACUUACAGACAAAUGACGGCAGUGGAAAGCGACUUCUCUACAAGAUGCCAGGAGGAAAGGAAGUAACAAGCAAAGAAGAAAUAAAAGGGAUGCACUGGGCUUCAUGGACAUGUGUUGCAGGCCUUGAAGUCAAUGGAAUUUGGCCCAAGUAUUCUGAUAUCAAUGAUAUAAACUCAGUAGAUGGAAAUUAUGUUGGCCAGGUUUUAGUUACAGCUGAUGACUAUGGAGUUGUAAAAUUAUUCCGAUAUCCAUGUUUAAGAAAAGGGGCCAAGUUUAGAAAAUACAUUGGCCAUUCAGCUCACGUAACAAAUGUCAGAUGGUCACAUGAUUAUCAGUGGGUUAUUUCUAUUGGUGGAGCAGAUCAUUCUGUCUUUCAGUGGAAAUUUAUUCCUGAAAGAAAAUUAAAAGAUGCUCUUCACAUAGCACCCCAAGAAAGUCUGGCUGAGUCCAACAGCGAUGAAUCAGAUUCAGAUCUGUCUGAUGUUCCAGAACUGGAUUCUGAGAUUGAGCAAGAGACACAGCUUACUUACCAUCGGCAGGUUUACAAAGAAGAUCUACCUCAACUUAAAGAACAAUGCAAAGAGAAGCAGAAAAGUGCUACUUCUAAACGAAGAGAACGUGCUCCAGGAAAUAGCAUUCGGUUACACUUUAUUCAUGGUUACAGAGGUUAUGACUGUCGGAGUAAUCUUUUCUACACUCAAAUUGGUGAAAUUGUGUACCAUGUGGCAGCAGUGGGUGUCAUAUAUAAUAGACAACAGAACACACAGCGUUUUUACUUGGGACAUGAUGAUGAUAUUCUGUGUCUGGCUAUUCAUCCUUUGAAAGACUAUGUGGCAACAGGCCAGGUAGGUAGAGAUCCCUCAAUUCACGUAUGGGACACAGAAACCAUUAAACCAUUGUCUAUACUAAAGGGCUACCACCAAUAUGGCAUCUGUGCUGUUGAUUUCUCAGCUGAUGGGAAACGCCUGGCUUCAGUUGGAAUAGAUGACAGCCACACCAUUGUAUUGUGGGACUGGAAGAAAGGGGAGAAACUUUCAGUGGCAAGAGGCAGUAAAGAUAAGAUUUUUGUCGUGAAAAUGAAUCCCUAUGUGCCUGAUAAACUAAUUACAGCUGGGAUUAAACACAUGAAAUUUUGGCGUAGAGCAGGGGGAGGAUUAAUUGGAAGAAAAGGCUACGUAGGCAGUCUGGGGAAAAACGACACAAUGAUGUGUGCAGUGUACGGGUGGACUGAAGAGAUGGCUUUUUCUGGAACAUCCACGGGAGAUGUGUGCAUCUGGAGAGAUGUCUUUCUUGUAAAAACAGUUAAAGCCCACGAUGGGCCCGUGUUCAGUAUGCAUGCAUUGGAGAAAGGAUUUGUAACCGGAGGAAAAGAUGGUGUGGUAGCCCUUUGGGAUGAUUCCUUUGAAAGAUGUCUCAAGACUUAUGCUAUAAAAAGAGCUGAUUUAGCCCCAGGAUCUAAAGGUCUGCUCUUGGAAGAUAACCCAUCUAUACGUGCCAUAUCAUUAGGACAUGGUCAUAUUUUGGUUGGCACAAAGAAUGGUGAGAUAUUAGAAGUGGAUAAGAGUGGCCCAAUCACUCUUCUGGUCCAGGGACACAUGGAAGGAGAGGUGUGGGGUUUGGCCACACAUCCUUAUCUGCCCAUCUGUGCUACUGUAAGUGAUGAUAAGACCUUAAGAAUAUGGGAUCUCUCUCCUAGUCAUUGUAUGUUGGCAGUCCGGAAACUGAAGAAGGGUGGGAGGUGCUGCUGCUUUUCCCCUGAUGGAAAAGCUUUAGCUGUAGGUCUCAACGAUGGAAGCUUCUUAAUGGCCAAUGCAGACACUCUAGAGGAUCUUGUUUCUUUUCACCACAGAAAAGAUAUUAUUUCAGACAUCCGGUUUUCACCUGGUUCUGGGAAAUACCUAGCUGUGGCGUCCCAUGACAGCUUUGUUGAUAUAUACAACGUGACGAGUAGUAAACGAGUGGGGGUUUGCAAAGGAGCAACCAGCUACAUCACCCACAUUGACUGGGACAGCAGAGGAAAGCUUUUACAGGUCAACACUGGUGCUAAAGAACAGCUAUUCUUUGAAGCUCCCAGAGGGAAAAAACAAACCAUCCCCAGUGUGGAGGUGGAAAAAAUUAGUUGGGCAACAUGGACAAGUGUACUUGGUUUAUGUUGUGAGGGAAUUUGGCCAAUAAUUGGAGAAGUCACAGAUGUAACCACCUCUUGCCUCACUAGUGACAAAAUGGUCCUAGCCACAGGGGAUGAUUUGGGAUUCGUGAAGCUGUUCCAAUAUCCAGCUAAAGGAAAAUUUGGAAAGUUUAAGAAGUAUGUGGCUCACAGCACACACGUCACAAAUGUUCGCUGGACUUAUGAUGACAGCAUGCUGGUCACCCUGGGAGGAGCAGAUAUGUCCUUAAUGGUAUGGACAAACGAAGUGCAGAGCCAUCGGGAGAAGAAGUAUUGUGACAGUGAAGAGUCUGAUAUAGAUUCUGAAGAGGAUGGAGGCUAUGACAGCGAUGUUACAAGAGAGAAUGAAAUUAGCUACACCAUCAGAGCCUUAUCAACUAAUAUUCGCCCAAUGUUUGGAGUCAAGCCUCAUUUGCAGCAGAAAGAGCCAUCAGUUGAUGAAAGACAGGGGGUAGUAAGAGGAUCCAGGCCUCCAGUGAGUAGAGCCCCACCACAGCCCGAGAAACUUCAGUCAAAUAAUGUUGGCAAGAAGAAGAGACCAAUAGAGGACCUUGUGUUGGAGCUUGCUUUUGGCUAUCGGGGCAGAGACUGCAGGAACAAUGUGCACUACUUAAAUGAUGGAGAUGAUAUAAUUUAUCACACUGCUUCUGUUGGAAUUUUACACAAUGUUGCCACAGGGACUCAGAGUUUUUAUCAAGAGCAUAACGAUGAUAUUUUGUGCCUCACUGUAAAUCAGCACCCCAAAUUUAUCAACAUAGUGGCAACUGGCCAAGUAGGUGAUUCUGCAGACAUGUCAGCCACAGCCCCAUCUGUCCACAUCUGGGAUGCAGUGAACAAGCAGACGUUGUCUAUACUAAGAUGCGCCCAUUCAAAGGGUGUGUGCUCUGUCAGCUUCAGUGCUACUGGGAAGCUGCUGCUCUCUGUAGGGCUAGACCCAGAGCACACUGUUACCAUUUGGAGAUGGCAGGAAGGGGCCAAAAUUGCCAGCAGAGGUGGGCACAACCAACGUAUUUUUGUAGCAGAAUUUCGACCAGAUUCAGAUACCCAGUUUGUCUCUGUGGGUAUAAAGCACGUGAAGUUCUGGACCCUGGCAGGAAGGGCUCUUCUCAGCAAAAAGGGCCUUCUAAGCACCCUGGAGGAUGCCCGGAUGCAGACGAUGCUUGCAGUUGCAUUUGGUGCAAAUAACUUGACGUUUACAGGUACCAUCAGUGGUGAUGUCUGUGUGUGGAAAGAUCACGUGUUGUGUAGAGUGGUGGCUAGAGCGCACAGUGGUCCUGUGUUCGCCAUGUACACCACCCUUCGAGACGGACUGAUUGUGACCGGUGGCAAGGAAAGGCCGUCAAAGGAAGGAGGCGCAGUGAAACUGUGGGAUCAGGAACUGAGGCGUUGCCGGGCCUUCAGGCUUGAGACAGGACAAGUCACAGAUUGUGUUCGGUCUGUGUGCAGAGGCAAAGGCAAGAUACUAGUUGGGACAAGGAAUUCAGAAAUAAUUGAAGUCGGAGAGAAAAAUGCAGCAUGUAACAUUUUAGUUAAUGGUCAUGUGGAUGGGCCAAUCUGGGGACUAGCAACACAUCCUUCCAGGGAUUUCUUCCUUUCUGCUGCUGAAGAUGGGACAGUGAGACUCUGGGACAUUGCUGAUAAAAAGAUGCUAAACAAAGUGAAUUUGGGACACGCUGCUCAGACAGUAUGUUACAGCCCCGAAGGGGACAUGGUGGCUAUUGGAAUGAAAAAUGGAGAAUUUAUUAUAUUACUUGUGAGUUCUCUAAAAAUAUGGGGAAAGAAGAGAGACAGGAGAUGUGCAAUCCAUGAUAUCAGAUUUAGUCCAGAUUCCCGAUAUUUGGCAGUGGGUUCCAGUGAGAAUUCAGUGGACUUUUAUGACCUGACAUUGGGCCCCACCCUUAACAGAAUCAGCUACUGCAAAGACAUUCCAAGCUUUGUCAUUCAGAUGGACUUCUCUGCAGACAGCAGACAUCUCCAGGUUUCUAGCGGUUGCUAUAAACGGCAUGUCUAUGAAGUGCCUUCAGGAAAACACCUUGUGGAUCAUGCUGCCAUUGACAGGAUCACGUGGGCUACCUGGACUAGUAUUCUAGGAGAUGAAGUUAUGGGAAUCUGGUCCAGACAUGCUGAGAAGGCGGAUGUCACCUGUGCCUGUGUGUCUCACUCAGGAAUCAGCCUUGUGACAGGAGAUGACUUUGGCAUGGUUAAAUUAUAUGACUUUCCAUGCCCAGAAAAAUUUGCAAAGCACAAGCGGUUCUUGGGUCAUUCUCCUCAUGUGACAAAUAUUCGAUUUACCAGUGGUGAUCGACAUGUUGUCAGUGCUGGAGGCGAUGACUGCAGUUUGUUUGUGUGGAAAUGUGUACACAUGCCUCACUGAAAGGUUUGAUGCUGAAAAGACUAAACAAAUCUCACCUCAAGAGACCAGUUCCACGCCGGAAAAACCAAAACCAAACUGCAUGGUCAAGUGGUGCUAACUGAAGACUGUGACAGGGAGGGAUGUGCAGAAUCAUCCACACAGCAGCGGACAGACAGACAGACAGUUCAGAAUGCUUGCUGUACGUACCAAACCCUAGUCCACACACUGCCAGAGAAUUACAUUGCAAGGAAUGACUGAGUGUUUGGUAAAAGCCAACCUCCUCCUCCUCUUAUUGAGGAGUGUGGAAUUUUGGCAGACUUGCCCAGGAGAUUUUUAGGGUACAGCAAUCUUUAAAACAAAACAAACCCAACUUAAUCUCAUUUCUAAUGUUUCUCCUUAAGGUCUGUUCAAUGAAGUAUUUCACCCUUGUACAAGGAAAGGAAUAACCAAUCAUCACCCUAAUCUGUUUUCAAAAUGCAAAGAUUUUUUUUUUUAACGAAACUUAUAUAAGCUUUCCUGGUAAAUGUUUCCUAUUUAUUAAUAAAGUACCCUCUGCAAAGGACACUUCUUACAGCCUGAAUUAAGGAAUAGAUCCAAAGUCAGCAGUACAUGACUACUAUAUCUUCACUUAGAGCUGUCAAUUUUUGUGUUUAGAAGCCAUCUCUAUAAAAUUAUGAACCACAAUUAUGGCCUCAUUAAUAGGAAAAUAAUACAAUGAACUUCAUUUCCAAGUGUACAGUUUUCUUAAGGUUCUGUGGUAGCAAGAGCACUUAAUUGAAAGAUAAUACUGCAUAUUUAAAGGUAUGAUCUAAUUAAACAUUUGUUUAUUGUGUAAACAAAAGCAUUAAAUUCAUAUACUAAUAACACUGGGCAUAAAAUUUUAUAGUUUUGUAUUGAGAAAAAUUAUUUAAUUAGAUGUAUGCCACCCUAUAAGGCUAUUUUCCAAAAUGACUGACUCUAGGUUUAUCUGAAGAACUGAGUCCUUCCACUUUAAUGCUGCCAAAGACUGGGACUUCCUGUCUAAGACUGCUGUUUAGCCUCGAUGAAGUUUCCUCAAGAUGAAAAAUCCCGUAGACUGCUGUGUAAACAUCUAUUUUUCUACAUGUGAAGACACUGAGGAUGCUCUGCUGGUUGUUUCCACUUUUAUUUUACUGUGAGCUCUCAUUGUAGCAUAGAUUCCACCCCCUCAGGCUUCUGGAGCCCUGUUUGAUUUGAUGUUUUCUAUGGCUAAAAAUAUUGUGACUAUUAAAACCAGAAAUGAACACAUUACAGCAAAGAAGUUUUGUUUAAGCAGUGCUUGGAGCAUGGUCAGCUUUACAGCUGAAGGCUGAUGAGAGAUUUAAAGAAACAUAAAGCUGAAGAUAGCACUCUUCCAAUGCUCACGCUGAAUGCUCCGUCUAAAUUAGGCCGUUUUAGAAUGCACUGCUGUUAUAUAAAAUGGUAGUCAAUAAAUAAAAGAAUUCCUAUAAACAGGAAAAGACUUCAAAUUUAAGCAUGGUAUAUAGUUCUAAGGUUUUCCCUCUGGAUAGUUUGUCAGCUUUUAGUUACAGAAUAUUUUUAAUUCUGUAAAAGUCUGUAAUGUUAAGCAAGUAAAUCGUAAAAACUGUUUCCACUAUUUAUGUCCUUCAAAGUGGCCAGCCUGGUAAGUCAAGCCUUUGUCACUGCACUGGUCAGUUCUGUGACUAAAGGCCAGGGGUCAGGCUAACUUUUACGUAGUCAUUGUAUGACCACCUCUCUGGAUUAGCCACCAACUGUGAAAAUGGUAAUGAUUCAGAGAACCUACCCUGUAGUUUUUAAACCCAGAAAAUUAUGGUGUGUGCCUGCAGUAUAUGAAUUUACAGCCCAAGACUGUCACCAGCUAUUGUGGCCCCACUUGUUUCCUAUGUAAAUGCAUGCCAAAGCACACAGCCCACUCCAGUGCUCUGCAUCACCAGCCAACACGCCUACUUCUCCGGGUGACUCCUUAUAGUGUGUCAUUUACAACAAGUACUCAGUAAUUGUUUUAGGGUUAGGGUAAACUUGUCUGUAACUCAUAGAAUUAAACAAUAAACCAUUUAAAUGUAGGGUUAGGACACAUACAGCUCAGGGCUUACCUAGCAUUCAUAAACCCCUGGGUUUAACCUCUAACACUACAUAUGAAUGGGGCGUGACUACAAUCCCAGGUCUAAGCAUACAAUCAGAAAUUCAGAAUCAUUCUUGGCUAUAGUGAGUUUGAGGCUAGCCUGCAGUACAUGAGACCCUAUCUUAAAAAAA